GCGGCGCAGGGGCCGCCCGAGCGGGCCGCGCCGCCGUGACCCUCCUCCCCGCCCCCUCGGCCGGCUCGCCCGGCUAUAAAGGAGGGUUUUAUUCUCGGGCUCCGGUCUCACGCCAAACCCUGUCACACCGUCUAGACAAGCUGUCGUGGGGCUCAGCCCAGCUGUCACCAUGGCGAUGGAGACGAGUCCGCUGUGAAUUUUGGGGGGAGAGCGCGAGCGAGCGAGAGCGGCGGCGGAGGAGGAGGAGGAGGAGGAGGAGAAGGAGGAAGGCUCGGCUGCAGCCGUGCCCUGCCCCGCCGCCGCCCGCGGGGGAGGCACGGACCCCCCGGCGCUCUCGGCCGCGGCUGGAGCCGGCCCGGCGGGGAGCCCCGGGGAGCCAGCGGCCGCGCAGCGAGCCUCAGAUGCGUCUGUCACACAACCCCGGCCGAGCUAUUUAAAGUAACGGGCCUCGCCGGACUUUGUCUCUGCCUAUUUAUGAGUCCCCGGGAGCCGGCAGGCGCCGCCGGGCAGCGCUAGGAGCCGAGCCCGCAGCGCCAGCCCCGCGGGGAAGCCAGCGCCGAGCCGGGGCGGCGGGGCCGGCCGCCGGGCCGGGCCGGGCCCGCCCGGAGCAUGACGGCGAUCGGGGCGCUCCUGCUCUGCUCCUGCCUGGGGCUGCUGCGGCCGGGCGGCGGGCAGCCCUUCCUGCGGCUGCGGCCCUCGCCCAGCGACAACCUGCCCGUCAAAGACAUCGUGGAGCACCCGGACCCCGAGUACGACCCCAAGGAGCAGGACCUGGACGAGCGGACUCUGCGCAAGAAGCUGGGCAGCCAUUUCGACCCCGGCUUCAUGGCCGUGGCCGUGCCGGGCCCCGCCAACGCCUCGGGCGCCGAGGCGGCGGCGGCGGCGGCGGGGCGGGCGCGGGCGGCGCUGCCCGCGGAGCUGCGGCGGCUGGAGCUGGGCGCACCGCCCCACGGGCCGCGCCUGCGGGUGGGCAAGAAGGCGCGGCGGAAGGUGCUGCAGUGGCUCUGGGCGUACACCUACUGCCCCGUGCUCUACACCUGGAAGGACCUGGGCGUCCGCUUCUGGCCGCGCUACAUCAAGGAGGGCAACUGCUUCGCCGAGAAGUCCUGCUCGCUGCCCGAGGGCAUGUUCUGCAAGCCCGUCAAGUCGGUCACCAAGACCUUCCUGCGCUGGCACUGCCAGGGCUGGUCCAGCCAGAAGUACUGCACCUGGAUCCCCGUGCAGUACCCGCUCAUCUCCGAGUGCAAGUGCUCCUGCUAGCCGCCGGCCCGGCCCGGCACGGCUCGGCUCGGCUCGGCUCGGCUCGGCACGGCCCGGCUCGGCACGGCCCCGCCGCCCGGGCGCCGGCCCCGCCGCCUCCCUCGGCCCCUUGCACUGGUUUCUUUUUUCGUUUGGAUGUUUCGUGGUUUUUUGCCGCCCCCCUCCCCUCCGGGGCGCCGGGGGAGGGGAAGGGGGGGUGGGGAAGGAACCGUUUUUUGACUUAUUUUAAUGUUAUUUUAUUUGAAAGGGGGAAAAGCGAACCCAGGAACUGCAGGGCAGGCCAAAGGCACAGUAAAGCACUACAAUCAGAUGUCUAUUUUUAUACGUAUAUAGCCUUCUAACAAAAGGAAAAAAAAAAAUAAAAAUAAUAAAAAAAUACCAGUCGUGUAAAUAGAGAGAUUUUAAAGGAAAGGGGGAAAAUUGCAGCUGUUUUUUAUUAUUAUUAUAAUUAUUAUUGUUAUUAUUAUUAUUUUAAAAACAUAGGACCACAUUUUAAACCUGUCCCCACAGAACCUGAGUGCUUCCCUGCUGAAGGGAAGGGCGGAAAUUUCCUGUAAAGAUGAUUUUAACAAAAGGAAAAGGAGGGGAAAAGAAAAAAAAAAGAAGAAUGAAAGAAAGAACGGCAGCAUCCCUGAAGACAGUUGUUUCCCUGUGCUGUAUUUUUUUUUCCGUCUUCUUCAGACCUUGUCACUGGUGUUUCAACUAAUUCGCCAAGCUCUCUAGGUUUUUUUUUUUUUUUAAGUGUAUAACAAUUAAUUAAGGAGGAAAUUUUAAAGAAAAGUACAAAUCUAUGAAAGAGUGGAAUCGUUUUGUUGUGUGGGAAUACAUAUAGUCAUGUAGAGAUGUUAAAGGAAAUUUUCUGUGUACAGUUUAUUUAUUUUUAAUGUUUGUGUAUAGGAAAAAAAAAAAAAAGAAGCUAGAGAUUAUGCCAGAAACUAUUGGAAAUGUUUACUUGAAUAUUCCUUUAAAAACAUAUCAAUGUAAAUAUGAGCUAUCACUGAUCAAAACAUUUUUAGCAAUAAACUCUAUCUUUGAAGAAAAACCUCGCGCUGCGGCUGGCUCGGUGGGAGCCCAGCGGAGUCGGGCUCUUGCUGGGAGCAGGUGAUGAGCACGGGGCCACGGCCGGGCCACGCUGACGCAGAGCAGCGAGAGGCCGCGGGGCUGCCGGAGCUGCUCCGGGCUGCGCAUCCCAGGGACCCCGCUCCGGGUCCUUUUUGCCUCAGUAACCUGUCAGGGCGAGAAAAGCCAGGAGAGAAGCUGCUCAUGAUGUGCACAGGAGCUGCGGUGCCCCGGACAAGAGGUACCACCCGAAGUCUUUGGGAGAUGCCCACUCUGUGUCGCCUGCCCUGGGUUCCCGCGUGCUCCACGGCUCACGGAUCCAGCUCUCCCGCUGGCGGAAGAAAUGGGAGAGGCUCCCAGCCCAGCCACCAAAGCAGCUGACGCAGCUCCGUGGCCCCUUGCUUUAGGACGGACGCCCCUCCCGGCUGCAGCCCCCCAACGCAGCAGGGAAGGAUGGAGACGAGUCCCAUGCCUGCUGUAACGGAGCCAUGGGGCCAGCACCUCCCUGGCGGCACGGCGCAGGGGUCAGGAGGAAACACCCAUCCUGCCAGGGUGCUGCGUGCCACCAGCGCUUGGCCCUGCUCUCCCAUGGGAGCUCCCGGAGCCCCGUGCCGCCCUGGCAGCCAGGACGGCCCGGCAAGGCCAGCGGGGAGGAGGCCGGCACCGCUCCGGGUGCUCCGGCCGCAGGGAGAUCUGUCGCAGGCCUUGGAGCGGGGCCCUGACACGCUGCCAGGCGUCUCCCUGAGUGCUCCGCGUGGGCUGUUGGUGGCGAGAGGAAGGUCGGGCCGUUCUCUCCGGUGUCUGAAAUGUGCCCAGCAUCCCCCCCCAGGAACAAAUCUCCGCCAAGGACCUCCUGGCGCAGGUCCCUCUGGUGAGCCUGCCUGGGGCUGCUGAGGCCUGGGAGGUCACACGCAGAAGGAGAGAGGCUGAAACAGGGAGAGCGAGAGGGAGAGGGUUUCUCUAACGGGCAGAGGUGGUGGUCGGAGGCGAGAGGGGCACGAAUGCCCAGAAGCCGAUGUCCCCGCGGAGCCAGCAGCUGUCCCUGCGCUGGGGGCAGGCUGGCCUUCCCGCCUGGUUGUCCGCAAGGGAGCGGGGAAGGGGGGAUGCGGAGGGCAGGGUGGAAGGGAGACCUCGCGACGGCAAUGUGCAAAACAUCAGGGGCAUUUGGGAGAGGAAGGGGAAAGCUCAUUUUGCAAGAGGAACAACAUCUGUGGUGUGGGGGCCGAACAUCUGUAGGAGGGAGCAUGGGGGGA